AAAAUUAUCGAAGGCUAACGAUGCUCAACAAGUCAAUGCCUGAUGCAAGGAUGGAAAAUUCAUUUGCACACGGACCUUCGGCAGCAUACAGGGAUCGCUCAUUUGCCCUCAAUGAAUCUAGAAGGAGAAUGAGAAAAGUUCCUGCAGCUGGAUUACUAAACGCUAAAACUCUUGCUGAGGAGAACCUUAGGGGCUUCCGGUUGAAAUCCCUUCAGAAAGAAAAUGAUCUUCCUCUCAGGGUUAACUGUCCUCAAAGAAUUGAACUCCCAAUGUACUUCAAUACUCCAAGGAGGAAGGAAGAUAUUAUCUCAAAAAGUAGGCUGAAGAGCAAGGUUCAGUCAAUGAAAGACUCUGCACUCGAUAUGAGUUAUGAAGACUCUUAUAAUAGAAUUGCUGCUAGAAAGAGACUAAAGGAUUAUGCCAUCCUCUCAUUUGCCUGCAAAAGAGCUGGUAAAUCAAGAGAUGAAGGAAGAGCUUACUAUAGUACUGGAGUACUUUUUGAUAACCUUGGGAAAUUCAAAACUGCUAUUACUCAUUACAAGAAGUUCUUGCAAGUCUGAAAAGCAAUCGGAGAUGUGCAUGGAGAAGCUCUUGCUUACAAUUGCAUUGGGGUGAACUACCAAAAAUUAGCUGAAAGUAAUGAUAAAUAUUAUGAAGAUGCUAUUGACUACCAUCUCAAGCAUAAGGAGAUCGCUGAUGUUGCAGGAAAGUUCUUAGCUCAUGUAAAUCUCGGUAUUAUUUACAAUAUCAUGAACGACGAGGAGAAAUCUUCAAUAAAUCAUCACUUUGCAUUGAGAUAUGCAAUUCAAAUGUCCAGUCUUGCAGGCCAAUCUGUUGCUGUAGGAAAUCUUGGAAAUCUAGGAAGCAUUAGCAAAGUAUCAUCUUAUGCUAACAACGAAAAGCUCCAAAUGUUCAUAGAGCGUUAUCUUGAAUUAAGCUCAGAACUUCGCUAUAGAAAGGGAGAAGGAAACGCCUUGCUAAAACUUGGUCAACUGAAGACUCAAAAAGGAGAUUAUGACAACUCAACCAAGCACUUCUUCAGAGCUAUGAAGAUAGCUGAACAAACUGGUGACAAAGAGGCUAAAACAGAGGCCAAAUGCCUCUUUGGUAUGGCUAGUGCCAAUAGAAACUGGAACGAUCACCAAAAGGAAAUCCUUGAUAAGGUUAAUAAUAGCGAUUUAGCCGUUUUGAAGCAAGCCCAACAAGAAGAGGACGAAGUUGAUGAAGAGGAAGUAGCUGUCGACGGAACAGAGAACGAAGUCUAA